AUGCCGCAAAUAGUACAUGAACUUUCCUUUAAACGUUUUCUUGACUCACUGAAAUUAACACCUAAAUAUCGUCUCGUUGAGUUUGGUGGUACACAUAUGGGUAGAAAUAUUUCUUUGGUGCUUCAUGACUUCCAUUGUUGUUCACUUCGUCGCUAUGAUAAUCGCUAUUCUGGUAUAAUAACACCGAUUGUUCCAUCUGCCCUUACAACUGCACUUUUAUCAGCAAUAUUUUAUGCUGCAUCUGUGGAAAUUAAACCAUUCUUUUGCUUCCUACUCGGUGUUGGUCAGACAGGUGUUAUAUUAUUUUUCUCCUUUUUAAAAAUCUUGUCUACGUUAUAA